AUGAUGGCACUGCGCGGUUUUGGGAUAUUUUUUGGAGUAGUUACUAUUCUUGGGCAAUUAAUGGUUGAGGUGCAGUGUAAUGAAGAGUCAGAGCUGAUCGGCGACUUGUUCAAAGACUACAAGAAAAACAUACGACCUGUGGUUCAUCCUGAGGACAAGCUGACGAUUCAGAUUAAGAUGACCCUCACUAACCUUAUCUCAUUGAAUGAAAAGGAAGAGACUCUUACGACCAACGUGUGGAUUGAGAUUCAAUGGGUUGAUUAUCGCUUUGUGUGGAACACCUCUGACUAUUAUGGCAUUGAUACUGUUCGUGUCCCGUGCAACACAGUGUGGCUUCCGGACAUUGUACUUGAGAACAACAUCGAUGGCAAGUUUGACGUGGCUUACUAUGCCAAUGUGUUGAUCAGCAACGAUGGGUCGAUGUACUGGCUACCUCCCGCUAUCUAUCGGAGCACUUGUGCCAUCGAGAUCACCUACUUCCCGUUUGACUAUCAAAACUGCACCCUAUCAUUCCGAUCCCAGACUUACAGUGCCAAAGAAGUGGACCUGAUUUUGGCUGUAGAUGACGAAGAACAUACUAUUGAGUGGGUGGACAUCGACCCAGAGGCGUUCACAGAGAAUGGCGAGUGGGCCAUCGUCCAUCGUCCGGGCAGGAAGAUGAUCAACAAGCGGUACACCCCGGACGACCUGGAUUAUCAGGAGAUCCUGUACAACCUGAUCAUCCAAAGGAAGCCGCUGUUCUACGUCAUCAACAUCAUCCUGCCCUGCUCCCUCAUCUCCUCACUGGUCGUACUGGCCUACUUCCUCCCUGCACAGGCUGGAGGACAGAAGUUGACUGUGGCCAUCUCCGUCUUGCUGGCUCAAACUGUCUUCCUCUUCCUUAUUGCUCAGAAGGUCCCUGAGACGUCUCUCUCUGUCCCUCUAAUUGGCAAGUACCUGAUCUUUGUCAUGUGUGUUACUACUCUCAUUGCUACCAAUCAAAUCGUGGUGCUGAACAUCUCCCUGCGCAGCCCCAGCACUCACACCAUGUCCCCCAGCAUCAAACAUGUGUUCUUGGAGAUGGUGCCUCGUUUCCUGGGCAUGUCCCCACUGGUGGAUGACAGCGAGGUGACCACAGAGGUCAACGGAGUGAGGGAGCGGCGGCGCAGCUCCUUCGGCCUCAUGCAGAGAGCAGAGGAAUAUGUGAUGAAACAACCUCGCAGUGAAAUGAUGUUUGACAAACAGAGAGCGAGGCACGGCCUAACACGAUCUGUCGUGGAUAGUAUGGACAUCAGCAGCACAGCCAACCUGUACAAGAGUUUGGCCCAAGCUGCACCUGAGAUCAAGCAGUGUGUAGAUGCCUGCAACUUCAUCGCUGAGAGUACCAGACAACAGAACGACAUCGGAUCUGAAAUUGAAAGUUGGGUACUGAUCGGGAAGAUGAUUGACAAGGUGUGUUUCUGGAUUGCCCUUCUCCUCUUCAUGAUCGGCACGGUGGCGAUCUUCCUGACAGGACACUUCAACCAGGUGCCAGAAUUUCCAUUUCCUGGCCAGAGCAAAAAAUACAUCCCAACAUAA